AUGUGGCCACGUGGCAUUGGUGACGUCAUCCUCAUCCUUGACGACGACGAACGAUUGGCUGAGGACCUCAUUCCCACGUGGAUCAAAGUUUACUACGAGGAUAACAGGCUGAAGCUUCCAGGAAAGAUCCUGCAGCAGUGGAGCUAUCUCUGGGCUGACAAUUACACGACAGCCCCUUACGUGGCCCUAAUAGAUGAUGACGUCAUCUUUGACUUGAAAGUAACGCCCGGGUUACUGUUCAACCUGACGGACGGCAAGCCAUACGUGAUUGGCAACGCGCAGCGACAGCUGGAGUACUGGUUACCCUCCACGCAGUUUUUCGUUGGCGAGGACGAGUACUUUGCCAAUUUCAUGGUGCAGCUGCCCUUUCUGAUGCCCACGAGCGUCCUGCCGAGAUUCAGGAGCCACGUGGCGAAUCUGCACAAGGAUAAGGGCGGCACCUUCGACUCUGCUUUCAAAUGGUUCUCCAAACAUGGACCUGGGUAUAAGCGGACCCAGAUCGCCCACACGACCAUCGGGAACUAUAUGUGGGCGUAUGCACAUGAUGAGGUGCACUGGGCUCUGGAAUGGACCAAUCGCACGCCGAUCCCUCGCGUUGGCGUGCAUGUGCCCUACACGAAGCCCUUCCGCGUCGCCACGAAACACAACCGCAACGCGCCACGUGUAAUCAAGGCGUACGUCCAAGUGGCGGCUCAUUACACGCACGAGGGCGUGUGCCAUGCUCUGCCUGCUGGGGAGCUCCCUGGGUGCGAGGAUGUGAACCCUUUCCCUCAGAUGCAGAUAUGGCAGUAUGCCAUGGAUUGGUGUGACUGGCCUGCUAUUCAGAACAUGGAGGCAAAUGCUACAAUAGUGUAUGAUCAGUACCGGAGUGAGCUGGCGUGCAUGUAUUGGAGGGUAGCUCAACCGGGUGAUGGAGUGGAACCAAGUGUGCUGAGAACGAUUGUGCAGGUUCGAGCGGCUGAUGAUCCUGCCGGGAGGAAAAGGGAGCUCUUGACAUCUCUUCAGGAGUGUAUUGCCCCAAUGUCAUACCAAUAA